UCGGAAGUGGGCAUGAUGGCGGCGCCUAUAAGAGCAGCAGCGUGGAGAUUAACCGCGGGACUGUGCGGACGCGCACUCCCACACAGCAGCGCCAAAUCCGGCUUAGGCUCCGGCACAGCGGGGCUUCACUCCCAGACCGCGCUGCUCAUCCACACAUGCGGCUCUGAAGCAGCGAUGUGGCGGCGAACGGAGGGGAGAACAAUGUCCGCUUCAUCAUCAUCAUCAGCUUCCUCAGACAGCCUCAGCCAGAGGAUGGUGUGGGUGGAUCUGGAGAUGACGGGGCUCGACAUCGAAAAGGACCAGAUUAUUGAAAUGGCGUGCAUCAUCACAGACUCGGGUCUGAACGUCCUCGCAGAGGGUCCAAAUCUGAUCAUUAAUCAGCCAGAUGAGCUACUGGACAGCAUGUCAGAUUGGUGCAAAGAACAUCAUGGAAAAUCAGGGUUGACGCAGGCGGUGCGGGACAGCAAAAUCUCGCUCCAGCAGGCUGAGUACGAGUUCCUGUCCUUCAUCAGGCAGCACACUCCGCCCGGCCAGUGUCCACUCGCAGGAAACUCUGUGCAUGCGGAUAAGAAGUUCCUGGACAAGUACAUGCCCCAGUUCAUGCGGCACCUGCACUAUCGCAUCAUCGACGUGAGCACGGUCAAGGAGCUCUGCAGACGCUGGUUUCCAGAGGACUAUAAACUGGCACCACAGAAGAAAGCAUCGCACAGGGCGCUGGACGACAUUCAGGAGAGCAUUAAAGAACUGAGAUUCUACAGAGCAAAUGUUUUCAAAGUGGAGGCAGAAGAGAAGAAGAGGAAGAUCAUUGAAAAUGGAGAUAACAAGUGUGCGACCUAACCUGCUCGCUGCCUGAGGUGCUCGAGUUUGGUUCUUCAUGAAGGAGGGAUGUUCUUUAGCCCAGAGCACACUGACCCAUAACUGACCCAACAUACACUCUGCUUUAUGCUGUUACAGAAUGUGAACUGACAGGCCAAAUCAAACAAUAUGAAGAGGAGAGAACGUUCUCGAACAGUGCAAGAGGUGCAGCAUCGUAGAGCAGUGUGACCGCAGAACGUUUCAGAACACUGUGAUGGGGAGAACGUUGUAAAACUGUGUGAAUGAAAGGAAAACGUUCUAUAAUAGUAUGAUUGGGGAGGAUGUUCUUGAAGAGUGCUAGUAUAGUUUGAAUGAGGUGUUCUAGAACAGUGUGAAUAGGGAAGACAUUCUAGAGCAGCAUGAAGGGGGAGAAUGUUUUAGAACAGAGCAAAUAGGGAGAACGUUCAGGAACAGUGUGAACGGAGGUAAAUGUUCUAGAACAUUGUGAAUGGAGGAGGGUGGUUUGAAAUAGUGUGAAUGGAGAGAAUGUUCUACCUUCAACAGUGUGAUAGGAGAACCUUCUAGAUCAUUGUGACUGGAAGAGGACGUUGUAGCGCAGCAUGAAUAGAGGGAAAAUGUCCUAGACUACAGUGAAUGGAGGUUAGUGUUGUAGAACACUGUAAAUGGAUGGAACGUGUUCUAGACUAUAGUGAAUGGAGGAGAGUUUUCUAGAUUAGUGUGAAUGGAGGGGAAAACAUUUCUGAAAUGUUCUCCAUUCACACUGUUCUAGAAGACUGUGAUUGGGGAGAACAUUCCUGAACCGUGAGAAUGGUGGAACAUGCUAGAAUAGUGUGAAUAAACAGCGUUCUAGUGGGGGGGGGGAAUGUUGUUAAGAGGACGUUCUAGCACAGUGUGAGUAGAGAACGUUGUAGAGCAGUUUGAGUGGAGGAGGGGGUUCCUGAAAAGUGUGAAUUGAGGGCAGAUAUUCUAGAACAGUGUGAAUGGACGGGGACGUUCUAGAUCAGCGCAGAUGCGAAGAACAUUCUGGAAGAGUGUAAAUGGGGAGAUUAUUAAGUGUUGGUAGAACGUUGGGUCAGUGUGUUCUGAGCUUUAAAUGCAGUUUGCACAGUGUGUGUGCUUGAAUCCCCUUCUGUGUGUCUGUUUGUUGUUCUACUGUCUGCUUCCGGUUCCCUCUUUUCUUUUAGUUCUCAUCUUAUCAAAUAGUUAUCAGAGAUAAAAAUCAGCUCAGUUAAAAAAAGAGGAAAGUUAAGAGCAAAAUUUCAUGAUUUCAUUACAUUUGUUGUUAAAGUACAGUUGGUUGACGUGUUUCUGUCCUUGUUCAGCUAAAACGCAAAUGGUACUUCAAUGUUCACUCAUAAUGAAGGACCAUUCAUUAUUCUCCUGUUUCCCAAUAAAUCAUUCCUCAUUUAGGAAAACAUU